UAGGAGAUUGCAGUGUCCGCGUCCGCAUCUUCACGGGCAGCAGACGUGAUUGAGCAUUUGCUGGGACGGAGCAGAUUGUGGGGUCGCAUCGAGCUCAAGAUAACAUUAGAUCAGCAGUUGAGGUAGAGGGUUUUAGGGCAUUUUUUUUAUUUUAACUAAUAUUUAUUCUCCGUCCGGUAGUAGCCUAUUGUUACCAUUCCGACGUUUCAGUGCCUCACAAGGUUACCGCAGUUGUAGGACAAAAUGUUGGAUCCAUCAUCCAGCGAGGAGGAAUCCGAGGGGAUAGUAGAGGAGGAAAGCAAAGAGGUGAUGGCACCUCAGUCCGGAUCCCGAAUCUCACCGAGCAGGACAAGCGACAGUUCGGGAGGGCUCCAGCCAGGUAGCCGCGGCAGCAGUGCUCGGCCGUCCAGCCCAAGUCCGUCGGCAGUUAGCGAGCAUGAGAAAGAAGAGGUGGAGAAAUUGCAGAGGGAGGAAGAGGAACGAAAGAAGAAGCUGCAACUCUAUGUCUUUGUGAUGCGAUGCGUUGCCUAUCCCUUCAACGCCAAACAGCCGACCGACAUGGCGAGGCGACAGCAGAAGAUCACGAAGCAGCAGCUGCAGACGGUCAAGGACCGUUUCGAGUCGUUCCUGAAAGGAGACACCCAGAUUGUGGCAGAUGAGGCCUUCAUCAACGCCGUCCAGAGCUACUAUGAGGUUUUCCUCAAGAGUGAUCGCGUGGCCAAGAUGGUGCAGACGGGAGGCUUCUCAGCUCUGGACUGCCGCGAGGUGUUCAAGAGGCACAUCGAGAAGCGGGUGCGCAGCCUGCCGGAGAUCGACGGCCUGAGCAAGGAGACGGUGCUCAGCUCCUGGAUGGCCAAGUUCGACACCAUCUACCGCGGCGACGAGGACCCUCGCAAAGCCCAGCAGCGCAUGACGGCCAGCGCCGCCUCCGAGCUCAUCCUUAGCAAGGACCAGCUCUACGAGAUGUUUCAGCAGAUCCUCGGCAUCAAGAAGUUUGAGCAUCAGCUUCUCUACCAGGCCUGUCAGCUGGACAACCUGGACGAGCAGGCCGCCCAGAUCAGACGAGAGCUGGACGGACGCCUGCAGAUGGCCGAUCAGAUCGCCAGGGCUGCGAAGUUCCCUAAGUUUGUGUCUAAGGAGAUGGAGGCCAUGUAUAUCGAGGAGCUCAAGUCGUCCGUCAACCAGCUGAUGGCCAACCUGGAGAGCAUGCCUGUGUCCAAGGGGGGCGAGUUCAAGCUGCAGAAGCUCAAGAGAGGACACAACACAUCCAUCAUCGACAUGGGCCAGGAGGACGAGAACCAGCUGUCAAAGUCUGAUGUAGUGCUCUCCUUCACUCUGGAGGUGGUCAUCAUGGAGGUGCAGGGCCUGAAGUCGCUGGCUCCCAACCGCAUCGUUUACUGCACCAUGGAGGUGGAGGGGGGAGAGAAGCUGCAGACUGAUCAGGCAGAGGCCUCCAAACCCACCUGGGGGACUCAAGGAGACUUCACCAGCACACACCCUCUCCCUGCUGUCAAGGUGAAGCUCUUCACGGAGAGCACCGGAGUGCUGGCACUCGAGGACAAAGAACUGGGCAGGGUUGUUUUGCACCCGACCCCAAACAGCCCGAAGCAAGCCGAACUUCACAAGAUGGCCCUGACGAAGGCCUGUCCCGACCAUGACCUGAGGAUUAAGCUGGCUGUCCGCAUGGACAAACCACAGAACAUGAAGCAUUGUGGGUACUUGUGGGCCUUUGGGAAGAACGUGUGGAAGCGUUGGAAGAAACGUUUCUUUGUUCUGGUCCAGGUGAGUCAGUACACCUUCGCCAUGUGCAGCUACAGAGAGAAGAAGUCCGAGCCGCAGGAGCUGCUGCAGCUGGACGGCUACACUGUGGACUACACCGACCCUCAGCCUGGUCUGGAUGGAGGCCGUGCAUUCUUCAAUGCCGUGAAGGGGGGAGAGGGUGAUACAGUGAUUUUCGCCAGUGAUGAUGAGCAGGAUCGCAUCCUAUGGGUGCAGGCCAUGUACAGGGCCACUGGCCAAUCCCAUAAGCCCGUCCCGCCCACCCAGGUCCAAAAGCUCAACUCCAAGGGAGGUGCCUCUGCUCAGAUGGAUGCUCCUAUUUCUCAGUUCUAUGCAGACAGGGCCCAGAAGCAUGGCAUGGACGAGUUUAUCUCGGCUAACCCUUGUAGCUUUGACCACGCCGCACUCUUUGAGAUGGUCCAGCGCCUCACCCUGGAGCACAGGAUCAACGACUCCUUCGCCAGUCUGGGAUGGUUCAGUCCUGGCCAGGUGUUCGUUCUGGACGAGUACUGCGCUCGGAACGGUGUGAGAGGGUGCCACAGACACUUGUGUUACCUCGGCGAGUUGCUGGGGAGGGCAGACACUGGCGCCAUGAUCGACCCCACCCUACUGCACUACAGCUUUGCUUUCUGCGCCUCCCAUGUCCACGGCAACAGGCCCGAUGGACUGGGAACUGUGACAGUUGAGGAAAAAGAGCGCUUCGAGGAAAUCAAAGAGCGUCUGCGUGUUCUUCUGGAAAACCAGAUCACUAACUUUAGGUACUGCUUCCCCUUCGGCCGUCCAGAGGGAGCUCUGAAAGCAACCCUGUCUCUGUUGGAGAGGGUUCUCAUGAAGGACAUUGUGACCCCUGUACCCCCAGAGGAAGUGAAGGGGGUAAUUCGCAAAUGUCUGGAACAAGCAGCUCAGAUCAACUACCAGCGGAUAAAAGAAUAUGCCAGUGCGGAAGCUGAGAAAACUAACAAGGAUCCCAAACCAGAUCCAGAAAACGCGGGCCAGUUAGUCACACCGGCCAAGAAGCUGGAGGACACCAUUCGUCUGGCUGAGUUAGUCAUUGAAGUCCUCCAACAGAAUGAAGAUCACCAUGCUGAAGCUGCAGUCACAAGUACUGGAGAUCAAUCGGCCUUCGCGUGGUGGACAGACCUCAUGGUUGAGCAUGCCGAGAACUUCCUCUCCCUCUACGCUGAGGAUAUGGACGCUGCAUUAGAGAUCCAGUCUCCGGAGAGCUGGGAUAGCUUCCCACUCUUCCAGCUGCUCAACGACUUUCUCCGGUUGGACUAUCACCUGUGCAAUGGCAAGUUCCACAAGCACCUGCAGGACCUGUAUGCCCCAUUGGUGGUGCGAUAUGUGGACCUGAUGGAGACCUCCAUUGCACAGUCCAUCAGCAGGGGCUUUGAGCGCGAGUCAUGGGAGCCAGUGAAGAGUUUAACAAGUAAUCUGCCCAAUGUGAAUCUACCAAAUGUGAACCUACAAAUCCCCAAAGUACCAAAUCUACCUGCUGGUCUGCCAGUAUCUGGACUAUCUGUUAACCUUCCACAAAUGCCUAGCUUUUCCACCCCGUCUUGGAUGGCCGCUAUUUAUGACUCCGACAAUGGCUCUGGAACAUCUGAGGACCUUUUCUGGAAGCUGGACGCCCUGCAGACCUUCAUCAGGGAUCUGCACUGGCCUGAGGAGGAGUUCGCCAAGCAGCUUGAUAACCGCAUGAAGGAGAUGUCCAGCGACAUGAUUGAGAAUUGUGUGAAACGCACCCGCAUGGCAUUGGAGUCCAAGCUGACCAAGAGCAGCCGCUCCACCGACUUCCGAAUUCCCCUCUCCAUAUGCACCAUGUUUAAUAUGAUGGUGGAUGCCAAGGACCAGUCGGCUAAACUCUGUGCAAUGGAGAUGGGUUCAGAGAAACAGAAACAUUCUAAAAUAGAUGAACUCAUUGAAUCGAGUGUCAAGGAAAUGAUUUCUCUUUUGGUUGCAAAGUUUGUUGCUAUUCUUGAGAGUGUGUUGGCGAAGAUAUCCCGUUACGAUGAAGGGACACUGUUCUCAUCCUUUCUGUCUUUCACAGUGAAAGCGGCCUCAAAGUAUGUGGAUGUCCCUAAACCCGGGAUGGAUGUGGCGGAUGGAUACGUAACCUUUGUGCGGCACUCUCAGGACAUUCUGCGAGAUAAGGUCAAUGAGGAGGUGUACAUAGAGAGGUUAUUUGAUCAAUGGUACACUGGGACCAUGAACCUCCUGGGUACAUGGCUCACUGAACGCAUGGAGCAGCAGCUUCACGUCUACCAGCUGAAAAUCCUCAUCAGGAUUGUAAAGAAAAAGUACAGAGACUUCCGUCUCCAGGGAGUGCUGGACUCUACACUGAACAGCAAGAUGUAUGAGACGGUCCGCACCAGGCUGACGGUGGAGGAGGCCUCGGCCUCGGUGAGAGAGGGCGGCAUGCAGGGCAUUUCCAUGAAGGACAGUGACGAAGAGGAUGAGGAGGAUGACUAGAGCACUUACCUCCACCGGUGCCCACCACCACCACCACCACCACCACCACUACCGCCCUCUGGAUCCUCAGCCUCCCGCCCCCACUCCUGAACCCUAAACACAUUUUAACUUCGCCUGGUAACUGAUGAUGCAUGUAAUGACUCCGUUUACUCAGACUAGCCACUCUAGGACCUCUCUGUUGACUCGAAACGCCCAUGAAAACAGCUCUCUAAUAAAUGAAAAAAAAAAGAAUAGUAAUUGUAACUGAGUAAAAAGAGUUAAUUAAAAGUCUUAAAAAAUAAACUUCAACAGUUUUAGCUGUGUCAUGAUAUAAAAAAAUAGCACCAUUUUUUUUAUUCAUUAAUUUCAGAAUUUGUUUCUAUGUGUUCCUAAGCAAUAUGGAGUACCAUUUGUUUGACAAUGUUGAGUGAGAUUAUUAGGUGUGUCCUUGUCCAAUGCGAUACAUAUAUGGCGCUUUGACGUACUGUUACAUACAUUUAUUGUACAUUGUCGUGAAGAUGAGUGUGUGGACCUUUCUUUUGUCUUGUCUCUUUUUAAGUGAAUGCCAACUGCUUCGAAACUGAAAAAGAAACCUCUGUAUUUUAGUUCACUGAUCUUCAGAGUAAAUGUCUUCUCUCUGUCUGCACAUCCUCAUGUUUUAGCCUUCAUGAUUUUACUGUACAUCUUGUGUCAAUGUUGCAGUUCACCAACAAGAUAGCCAUCUGAAACCGAAAAAGUUGGUAUUCCGGAAAUGCAAUAUUAUCAUAACUCCAGCCUGAUGGAGAUUAUUUAUUUUUUAUUUAUUUACAUAUUAACUGCAGUAAAUUUACUUACACAUUUGAACAAACAUUGAAAAAAAAAUCUAUUUAGAGUUUAUUUUGAGUUUUUUUUUUCAAACUGAAGUUGUCUUGUCUAAAUUUUGGUUUGUUAAGCAGAAUGAGGUAUGUGCCAUUUAUUUGGAUAUCACUGUUGUUUUUGUACAUACAACGCUGUACAUUGCACUCUGAGCCAUCAAUGCAUGCCUGUGGGUUCCCACCCUCUCUGAAAAAAGCUUUUUGUUUUCUUCUGUGAAUUAGCUGGUGAAUUCAUUCUUGCUUUUGCCUUAUCAAAGCCAACAGUUGUAAUAUGCAAGAGCUGUGGCCUCUCAAUAAAAAUAACUGUACAAAUA